GCACGAAGGAGUUGCUACUUAUAUUGUCUACUGCUGAUAUUGUCUGUGCCUUUCUGAUCUGUGUGCUGAAGCAGAACAAUUGCAUGGUGCCUCUAUCAGUAUGGCAAACACAACGUUUCCUUCUUCGAGCACCCUCGACGAUGCUUUCAUUCAGUUCUUCUCUGAGGGAUUGUCUUUGACACGGGUGCUCGCAACCGUGGUAGGAGGAUACAUACUCUUCUCUACCCUCUCGCAGAUAUUCGGCUACAAGUAUCCUCUCUUCGGCGUGUUUUUCCAGCUUGAGCCAAUCAUGAUUUCCAACUAUCGUUUCUUCACCCGCGCCGAUGAAAUCUUGAAUGAAGGCUACUCGGUAUGCAAAGACAGGAUCUUCCAAUUUAGAAGAGCCGACACAGACAUGCUCGUACUUCCGUACAAGUAUGUAGAGGACAUCCACAGGCUCCCAAACACCGUGGCGAGCCCCACGGUUGCUCACGUUCACAAUCUUAUGGGCUCUGCGACGAACAUGCACGUUAUUCUCCGGAAUAACUUGCAUUUCCGCACUCUCCAGGUCAAGCUCACGCCCAACCUCAACUCACUCACAAAGCCUAUGCAAGAGGAGGUGAACUUUGCUGUUGAAAAAGAGCUUUCGGAUUCUGAAGACGAAUGGGUGACGAUAGAACCGUACCAUACCGUUCUCGACUUAGUCGCCCGUGUGAGCGCUCGGAUUUUCCUUGGCAAGCCGAUGUGCCGGAAUUCGGAGUGGCUCGAGAUAUCCACACAGUUCACCGAGAACGUGUUUGUGUCCCUAGUCUUCUUGCGGCUCUUCCCGAUGUGGAUCCAUGGAAUCCUCUCCUGGUUCAUGCCCUCAUCAAGCCAAUGGAGAAGGCAUUCCAGAAAGGACAAGCACAACCUCCUGUCAUGGAUGAUGGAGAUUGCCACUCCUGAAGAGGGCGAGGCGUCGGAUCUUGCCCAUCUCGAGGUCGUCUUGUCGCUCGCGUCGAUUCACACCUCGCAGAUGAACGCGGUACAUUGUCUCUACGACCUCCUAGCUCAUCCUGAAUACCUCGAGCCGAUUCGAGAUGAAAUCCGAGCUAAAAAGCCUCAAUACUCCAAGCUGCGUAGGCUCGACUCGUUCAUGCGAGAAUCUCAGCGCAUGAACCCACCAACUCUGCUAUCCAUGCAUCGCGUCCUGCUCCAGAAGGUCAAACUAUCAGACGGCACUGUCCUACCAAAGGGCUCCCACAUCAGCAUGGCGGUCAACUCCAUCCAAAACGACCCCGAGGUGACACCCGAGCCCAAGAAGUUCGACGGCUUCCGGUACUACAACCUCCGCCAGCGCGAGGGCGAGGGCCAUCUGCACCAGCUUUCGACGACGCAAAGCCGGAUCCUUAACUUUGGGCACGGCCCCAAUGCUUGCCUGGGGCGCUUCUUCGCCAGCCUCGAAAUCAAAAUUAUCCUCGUACGUCUACUCAUGGAUUACGAAUUCAAGUUUAAGCAUGGCAGCGAGCGCCCGGCGAAUUUGCGUGCGCACGAGUUCAUUUUCCCGAACCCUCAUGCGGAAAUCCUUAUGCGCCGCCGGCCUGCUUCGGAGCGGCUACCAAUCUAUUGA